ACGGUUGUGGUGUGUCAGGUGUGUUCCACCUAUCCCUCCCGGACUAUUUUCGUUGCCCUAAACGCGUCUCCUAUGACGCAACGGUAUCCGAACGACACUUUUCUUUUCUACGGUUCGUAGUAUCCGGUGAGGGACGCGGUCUCACGACGAUGGGCUAAACCAGCGGAGUUUCUGGCUAAACCUGAUAUGGGUCAGUGGAUUACCGUGUUAAUGUGACGCGCAAACGGGAAGCUCGGACUGGUACUUAGCGAAGCGUGAGGUUCGCUGGUACGGAGGGACUAUAACGGUGCUGGUAAUACGAGUGGUGUCGUUCGCGGGCAUUGUAAGAUGAGCCCGGCCUCUCAGGGUGCCGUGGAGGUGGAGCGUUACAUCGGCAGUUGCUUAAUAUCGUCUAGCCUGAGAUCGGGAUCGCAAAAACCGAUCGUCGGUAAGAAGCAGGAGUCAGCGGCGCGCGGGAAAUCGCGGUCCAGCUACGGCGGGCAAAGUUUGUCGAACGGUACCGAGCAAUGUCAUGUGCAAUACGGGCCAGGUGGUUGGACAGGUGCUCCAUUAAUAUCGAUGACGUCCAGCCCGCGUAGAUGUAAUCAAAGACUAUCGCCGUCGGUGGGUCUACAGCCGCAGCAGCAGCAGCAGCAACAGGCCUGCGAGCAGCAAGUGUCGACACACCUGCACAAGAAUCCGCUGUCUAGGCUAGCUAUCCACACGCAGGGAGCACCACUGAUCUUGGCUGGACGAUUUCAUAAUCGCGGCAAGAUACACAACACCGGGAACGUUAAUGGCAUUGCCAACUCUCUCUGCAGUACUGGUUACGUUCACAAUAAUGGGAACGCCGCGAGGUGCCCGCAAUCCAGGCCCCAGAGGUCCGCGGAACUGUCGAAGAAGUCGCAACCGAAUCCCAAGGCGGAUUGCGUGAACAAAGAAGCCGCCGGGACGAGCAUCGCGAACAUCGACUCGCUGAGCAUCGCCAGCGACGAGAGCUCCGGCUCGAACAAUUCUGAGAAUAGCUUGCCGCGGAUCAUCAAGCCCAGGAAGCGCAGAAAGAAGGAUAGGAAGCCGGCGAACAACGCGCCAGCCUCCGCGGACGUUGGUAAACACGAAGAACAACAACAAUCCGGGGACCAGUCGAACGUGCUCGCCCUGAAACCGUACGCGGCCGGUUGUUACGAGCGUUACGAGACACCGGUUCAGCUCCGGAACCACAGAAGGCCCCCUAUAGCGCGAGAAAGCUUGUUCAGGGGGCAGGAGAUUGGCGACGCGAGGCAGAGGUACGGUCACAGGCACGUGGAAGUGAAAGUCCUCGACGACAACAGAAACGUCGUGGUGCCGGUGCAGAUACGCGCGAUCCCGCCCAAGGAUUACAGGCACCACACGCGCAACAACAACAACAGCAGCAACGGACCACGUUACCUGCAGGACUACGGGAACUUGACGGGUUGCGAGGGUGGGAUGAAGGACGGAUUAGGGUCGUGUCAGUGCCGGUACUGCGACCCCUCGGGUCUCAUCUGGGACAUGGAUCAGAACUGUUAUUCGCCGUUCCUCACCGGCGAGUUUUGCCCCGGCCACUUUCUCCACGCGCCGCUAUUCCUCUCACGGCCGACGCUCAGCGUUGAGAGGCUCUUCGGCGCCAACGGCACCCCGACCAGGGAGAAGGACGCCGGAGGAAUCGUCCUUAGACGCAGCUGGAGCGACCCGACGAGCUACUUUAGCGAGGAGAUCGCCGCCCCCAGCAAAGACGUCGGCGUGAUCGGCGACAGGGGGCAGAUCGAGGGGGGCAAACGACGUACCCUCUGGCACGGGGACACCAUGGGGUUCCCCGCGAGCAACGCUGGACCACCCUGCGCGGUAAACAACGGCGCUUCGUCGCCAAAGGGCCUGGAGGUCUCCACGGAAAUCAUCACGUCGCCCAACGGGCACAGAGACCUGGAGAUUAAGUUCUACUCGCCGUCGCCGAGCGCCCCGGCGCCCGAGGAGGCGGACGAGGACGAAGAUUUCAGUGAUAUUUGGAGUUACCACGAGUCGAAGUUGCAGCAGGAUUUCCGUACGCUGUUGCAAGCAGAAGAAUGAUCGCGGAACGAGACCUAGCCUCGUUAUGAUCGAAAGAGAGAGUAGUCGCGCGUGUGCGGACGUUUGUGGGGGACUGUGUGCGUAUCGGAGGAGAAAAGCAACCCGGACGAGUGUGCGUGAGUGAAAGAGGUGGCCCUGGAAAUUGAAUUAGUUCGUCGAUAGGGAGGCAAACCGAAUGGGACUUGCGUGAAAACUGUGUGAAACGGACAAACUCGUGGCGUUUGGCGUAAUUAUUCCUGGUGUUUCGAACGUCCCGUUUCUUUUUUUUUCCUAUCGUUUGCACGUUUCGGAGCGACAGGUUAAUUGUAUUUCGUUAGCGGAGUCUUCGAUCGACGAGUGUGUCAACUGUCAGGAAUGCUUCUUCGCGCGGGCAUUCGAGAGCCUGCCUGGCACGCAGUCUGCCUAGUCGGUUCCACCUAACAGGGUAUUUAUAGCGGUAUUCAAUCGAGCACACGCGAUCAAACUUGUCCAAACACGAGGGAACGUCGUUUUCGGACGGAAUCGGUUGUCGAGGAAAUCGGUCACUUCGGGUUUCAACCAACAAAGUAAAAAUUUGUGUUGCCGUUUGAGCGAUCAAACUUGUUCAAACGCGGGCAAACGUUACUUUAGGUCGGAAUCGGUUGUUGGAGAAAUUUGUCGCAUUUUCCGGGUGUCUUGAACCAAAGUUGUUUGUCAUUAAAGGGACUAUUGCAAACCUUUAAAAGAAUUGGUUUUAGAAUCGAAGAAUAUGAUUUGAAGAAUGUAUGUGCAAACUCCAACGUUAAAACGUUUUUUUUUUUAUAUCUACAAACAUUGUACAUAUUUUUAUUGAAGCUCGUCACGUUGAAAUUAAAAUGUGGUUUUUCUUUUAUUUGAAACCUGGCUUGGAAAUUGGUUUUGAGAAAUUGUCGACAUACAUUAUUUUAAAAUUAUAAAUAAUAUUCAUGAGUUCCGUGACUUUAAUUAUGGACUUUGACAGGUUCUGUAAAUCUAGUGUUAAACACGUUUAACUGGAUUUCCAUAUUUUAA